GAUGGAACGCGCAUGCGCAAGGCUGCCUCUCGCCGCCCCGUCUUCCCUCAGCUUGGAACACCUGCUGCUUCGCGGCGGUGGCUUUGUUCCACUUUUCCAGAGCUUGGACAUCAUUCUGGACCCAUGUUCGGUGAACCGGUUACUCCUAGAGCUGCUUUUGGGCCUGUUUUGAGGGAGCCUUCCAGGUCCAGCCCUCCCACUGCAGCCUGCGGGGAGCGAGCCGGCCUGUCCCGGUGAGCGUGGGCAGCCUGGAGUCGGGAGCCUGGGGACCACGGCUUGGUCAGCUCUGCACGAUCAGAGCUGAAUCGGGAAGUGGCAGAACUAGCAACGAAAGUCCAGAUUCCUGGCCGAUAUUCCUUCUCCACAUGCCAGUCCUUUUCCAAAUCCCCUCACCUUAAAGUGGACAAAUGAGCCUUUUGGUGAAAAAGAAUGAGCGCUGCAUUCUUCUACCAAUUUUUUGGAGCCCAGAAUUGGGGGGGGGGGGGAAGUCUUCUUAAUUUUUCUUAAUACCUACCAUGUCCCUUUCCUGCAGAUGACAUAGACGGUAGGUUUUUACAGCAAUUCUCUGAUACCCUUGAUAUGGUAGAACGCUGUGUAUAUCAAGAGUAAGCUCUCGUUUGAGGAGACUAACAAUUCCUGUUUUUGCCAGAUUUCUUCUUGAAUGGCAACCUAAAUGCCAGUCCAAAGAGGCCCCCAGUAGACUUGUUCACCCUUCAUGUCCUCAACUCUGGGGAAGUUAAGUAAUCAAGUUGAAGAAACACUUCCACUACUUAAAAAUUACUUUCAUAUUUGUUCGGCUAUCCCAAUGGGAUUUUCACUUAGUAAAUCUGCUACUCAGGUAUCUGCUAUGCAUAUGGAUUCAAAAGUGGAUGAUCACUUAAUACGAGGGACUGAAAAAAGCAGGUUGGAACCAACGACUCAGUUAUUUCAAAACACCAAGAAAAUAAGAUUAGAAGACACAAAUCAAGAAAACUUUUCAAGGAUUGAAGGGACUGGCACAAGAUCUCUUUCUGAGAAAGCCUUGGGUUCAGUGGUAUACAUCAAAGAAAGUGAUGGACUAGAAAUGACAGAUGUGGAAUGAAGCAAUUUGUAUGUAUUACCAAACAAACCAAAAACUGCCUUUGAUUAAGAGGGGAUGUUGAAAGAGAACUUAACCUUAUUAGGAAAUCCUAACAAAAUGACGGAAGACUAUUGCUUUAUUUUACACUAUUUGUGAAUCAUCUUGCACUGCAUUUUUUGAUUAUGCCUAUUCAAAAGGCAGUUGAUUUAGAGUGAAAAAGCCUUCCAAAAUUCAAAGCAGAUUUCUCUGGUAUUAUAUUAUAUCCUUCUUAAAAACCAGAGCUUUUAAGUAACAAUAUUUGAAUGGCACCAAAACAUUUUCAUUUUAAUGUAUUUCUUUAACAAGUGAUUUAAAAAAGUGUCUAAGUGGCCGGGCAUGGUAGCUCAUGCCUGUAAUCCCAGCACUUUGGGGGGCCGAGGCGGGGCGAUCACCUGAGGUCAGGAGUUCACAACCAGCCUGGCCAAUAUGGUGAAACCCCAUUUCUACUAAAAAUGCAAAAAAUUAGCCAGGUGUGGUGGUGGGCGCGUGUAAUCCCAGCCACCUUGGAGGCUGAGACAGGAGAAUUGCUUGAACCCCGGCGGCGGAGGUUGCAGUGAGCUGAGAUCAUGCCAUCACACUCUAGCCUGGGCAACAAGAGCGACACUCCGUCUCAAAAAAACAAACAAAAAAAAGGUCCAAGCAAUGUGACAUCAGUAUUUCAUAGUAUUUCUGGUGUACCGGUUUUGCAUGUUACAUUUCCAUUUUGGGAUUCUGCUUUAGGAUACUUUACUUUCUUACAUUUUGCAUUUUUGUUCUAUAAAAGAUCACUGCAGAUAAACUGAAAAGGCCAAUAAAUUGCAUAUCUUCAGAAGGAUUUCACAUUUUAAA